AUGACCGGACCGAAAUACCAGGACGUUCCUCAGCGGGACUCGCUCGACGAGGCUGCGCCGUCAUACUCGCAAGCGCCACCCAGCUAUCAAGCAGCCGACCCACAGGAGGCCCUGCUUCGUGGUGUACCGCGAGACGAAGAUGACAACUUGCCAGACGACUUCAAGUUUGGCGGUGUGGUAGCAGAGGCUACGCUGGAUAUCCGGAUGGCGUUUGUGAGAAAGGUGUACGCUAUCUUGACCGUCCAGCUCCUCGCUACCGCUGCUGUAAGCUUCGCCUCGAUGACCUCAGUAACGUACAAGAACUGGAUCCAGACAAACCCGUGGAUGAUGUGGGUGUCGCUCUUUGGCUCCUUUGCCUUCCUUGGCCUCACCUUCUGGAAGCGCAAGUCGUAUCCUACGAACCUGAUAUUCCUUGCUGGAUUCACCGCCCUGGAAGCCUAUUCCAUCUCCGUCAUCGUAUCGUUUACCGACUCCAAGAUCGUGCUCCAGGCGGUCGUCUUCACAUUUGGCAUCUUCAUCGCCUUAAGCCUGUUUGCCUGCCAGUCGAAGUACGAUUUCACGAGCUGGAUGCCGUAUUUGUUUGGUGCUCUCUGGGUUCUGAUACUGUUCGGCUUCAUGUCCACGUUCUUCCCAUACAACGACAAGGUAGAUCUUGGUUAUGGCAUUAUUGCGGCUUUGAUCUUUUCGGGCUACAUCCUGAUCGACACUCAGAUGAUCAUGCGUCACUACCACGUUGAGGAGGAGAUUGCGGCGGCCAUCUCGCUGUACCUCGAUAUCAUCAACUUGUUCCUCGCCAUCUUGAGGAUCUUGAACUCGCAAAACAACAACUGA